CCUCCCCCCCCCCGCCCCACGCUGCCUCUUCCCUCCGCCCCUCUGUUGAGAACGAAAAAAUGCGCGGCAUCAACGCCCCGGAUCCCAAUAGCCUUGUCUACAAUGAGGACAACACUCCGAAGGUUACCUUCCAUGUGGAGCCGACGGUGCCGAAUGCCGGGACCUUCGAACUUGACCGCGAGGAUCACACCCUUGGGAAUCUCAUUCGCAUGUACGCUCUGAAGGAUGAGCGUGUGCUCUUCUGCGGCUAUAAGGUCCCGCAUCCGCUGGAGCACACGGUCCAGAUCAAGAUCCAGUCGGUUCCCCCCACGGCUUCGGCCUCGGAGAUCGGCAUGUACUCGGUGGGUGGCCCGCGCGCCGCUUUCAUCCGCGCGGUUGCCUCGGCUCGUCGCGACGUCAUGGCCCUGGAGUCUUCCUUCGAGAAGAGCCUCAACGAUUAUUACACCUCGCAUCACACCCAGCAGAACUAGAACUGCUUGUGAGCUGCCCCUUGCGCGGCGCUCUGCUUUUCUUUGUUUGCCGUCGCCCGGCCAAAUGUACCAUAGCCUAUCUGUUCGACGUAGCAGUGGAGCACGCUGCCUCCCC